AUUUGAUAAAAACAAAACUUUAGUCGGUGCAUCUUUUGUGAAUUUGAUUAAAUUUAACAUAUUUCAAAUAGGAUAUUCGUUUUGAACAUGUUAUAGUUUAAAAAAUAUUCUAUAACUUCACUCGAAAAUGUAUGUUCAAGGCAUUGAAGCUAUAAAACAAUAUAUGCCUAAAGAUAACUCUCAAAUUUCUACAAAUAUUAAGGAAGAGCGAGGCCAAGAAUUAAGUACAACCGACACAAUGUCAUCGGCAGAACGGUAUAGGGAAGAAUGGGAUAAUCUGUUAAAAAUUUUGGAUGAAGACCCCGAGUAUAUACGGGAGCAAGCAUUAGAAGGUGAUUUAAAAGUUUCAAAGUUCCGAAGCAUUUAUUGGUCAUUAUUGCUACGAGUUUUAAAUCCUAAUUACCGUAGUUGGAAAGAACAAAGGGAGAUGCAACGGAAGCGGUACGAAAAGCUGAAAGACGAAUUUAUAAAGGACCCUCAUGAUAAUACGUUACCUGAUGAUAAUCCACUGUCACAAUCGGAGGAGAGCGUGUGGAACCAAUAUUUUAGCGACAGAGAACUUUUUGCUGUUAUAAGUCAAGAUGUUAUUCGAACUUUCCCGGGAGUGGACUUCUUUCGUAAGCCGUUAAUACAAAAUGCCAUGUGUAACAUUCUUUUCUAUUACGCACGAGAACAUCCGUAUAUGUGCUACCGGCAAGGUAUGCAUGAAAUCCUUGCACCUCUAUUAUUUGUUUUCUAUGGCGACCAACAGUCACUGCUUCAUUUUUCGGAGAUAGCUCAAAAUCAAACGAGUGAACUUCUUUUAAACGUGCUGGACCCAAAUUACUUGGAAGCUGAUACUUACUCUUUAUUUUCCCGUUUGAUGUCAUCCAUUGAGUCUUACUAUCGGAUAAAGAAUUUCGCACAACCACACGAGCGUUUCCAUGCGGAAAGUGAAACAAAUCAUGGCAUGGGAACCGGUGUAGAAAUCAUAAGUCAACUUAUAUCAAUUCGUGAGAAGAUUCUUGCCAAAGAGGAUUUGCACUUGCACAAUUACCUUUUGAAACUCGAUAUACCUUUACAUAUAUUUGGAAUUCGUUGGCUUCGUUUACUCUUCGGUCGAGAAUUCGCACUUCUCGAUUUGUUGGUGAUUUGGGAUGCGAUAUUCGCAGAUAGCGACCAUUUCGAUUUACCAAACUACAUUCUAGUGGCAAUGCUGAUACGCAUUCGUGACAAAUUGCUGCUCAGCGACCAAACAAGCUGCCUUACAUACUUGAUGCGCUAUCCGACCAACGUCGAUGUGAACUUAAUUCUGCGUCAUGCAUUGCACAUGCUUAUGCCGAAAAGAUUUGAACGUCCCAUCAAUGCGUUUGUCUAUUUUACGAACAACAAGCAAAAGGGAGCAAUACAAAACUCACGUAGUACGAAUUUUAGUAAUACCGAGUCUUCCAAUAAAUCACCAAGAGGUAGUUCAACUUCAAGAGGUGAUAAUUUUUCAAAAAUGGAGCAGCACAUAGUAAAACUACAAGCACAAAAUGCUGCAGACUCUGCGUCACGGUUACGAAAAGAAGUUGCUGAUGAAGAAGGCGCCAUCGCCGAAGGCCUUUCCAAAAAUAGUCAAGAACUGAUUAAUUUGGAAUUAAGGAAUGCCGAAACGAUAAUAUCCAUAGCACGGAACAAACUCCAAUUAUAUGUAGCCACUAUGAAAAAACAUAUUCAAGGAAAUAGCUCGAGAGAGCUAUUGCAGGCAUUAGAUGGUAUUGAGGAAUUAUGUGACUUUCUAGAUGUUAAAUUUGUGUUUCCCAUUCAUGCGGCCAGACCACCAAUCGAUGAAGCACUUGAAGCUAAUGAGCAAGUGAGUUCGAAGAAAGGUCGCUGGAAAAAUUAUAAUAGCAGUGAAAGUACAGCUAUGCCUAGUGGUGCUGGCACGACAGACGAACUACGCAAAGAGCUUGAAAAACCACGCAAAACUGUUACAGAUAAAGAGUUGCUUUCGGAAUUUUCAGCGAUUGCGAUCAAUGCUUAUGAACGUCCAGAAGAGAACAUUUCAUCCAAUCCGUCGCAUUUGCUUGGCAACAACCGUGAAAUUGAACUAAUAACGAUUGAGCCUUCCGAAUGUGUUGUGGAGCCGGUCGUAGACAACCAACCGAGAAUUACAAGUAAAGAAGGAACCGAGGCGACAAGUAGUAGCAAGACUUCUCAAAGAUCUAAAUUAGAUCAAUGAUUGUAUAUUUAUGUACUUAGUACAAAUAUCCUUCAUAUCCAUAAAUUCACAAAAUCGUUUUUUAUACUUUAAGAUCAUAGUUUUAAUUAUAUUAAAUGCAUCAAUGCAGUUUUGUUAGUAUUUUUUUGAAAUAUACUUAAGUCACAAACAUUUUCUUUAAACAUUGCUUGGAGAGAAACUAAUAUAUUCGGUCUGACGAACAUUUUUAGACGCCUACGUACUUAUAUGGAUUUAUUUAUAGACUUUAGUGACAAUGAUUUGUAUGGUACAUUUUGUAGCUGACCGGAUUGCUCCAAUAAAGUUUCUAUGAAUCAAUCGGUAGGGCUUCGGAAUCAGGACAACAGA